GCAGUACGGUAGCUUCGAUGCUGUCACAACGGACCCCUCCUCGUCAACAUUGCCAUCUUCUUCUGUUCGACAACUCCGUUUCUCUUCCCACCAAUUGUUUUGUUGGUGUUGUUAUCGUUGCUGUUGGUGGUUUAGGUGUGUCGUGUCGUCCAACGCCUUUUAGCAGUGUCAGCAUCAACGUUGCGUUGCGUCCGUACCGAGGGGAACACCUCGAUCCUACAAAAUGGCUGCCGCUCCCCUGGUGAUCCAGCUGGCGUCUCUGUCCGCCGAUGAGACCGUCCUCAAGCUGCCUCACCCGUACCUCACCGAGUACGUCCUCGGCAAGCAAGCCAGUCGAGGCGAGCUUCCCCUUUACCAGCUUCGCGAAAAGCCCACCACCACUGCGUCCUCCUCCUCGUCCUCCUCUCAGAAACAGCAGCAGCAGCAGCAGCAGCAGCGACAGCUCCCCGGCAAGCUCGACAACCCCGCCCUCGCCUUCUCCGAGCCCGCGCACCUCAAGUCGAGCGAGCUCCCUCCCGCGUCCAACAACGGCGCCUGGGCCCGCGCCAGGCGAUCGCCAUGCUCGACCGUCGUCUGGGACGGUGCUGAUUCGUCGUCGCCGCCGCCGUCGCUGGCGCAGCUUUGGCUCCUCAUCUACUUCCUCUUCACCGUCCGGCCGGCCGAGGAGCUGCUUCGCCUCGAGCUCAAGGGCCGCGAUGCCUCGACCCUGGCCCGGCAGCUGACGGACGUCCUUCUCGCCGUCGAGCACCCGCUGCCGCCCCGCGCGGAGAAGAAGAAGAGGGCCUCUUCGUCCACCGAGGCGAACGAGAGUGUCGUCGUCGUGGCUCUCCGGAGCACCUUUUGGCAAGGCGCCGGCUCGCCCUUUGGCCCGCGCCCCGUCUGGUGCCCCGACGAGUCGCCCAAGUCGCUGUCGGGAGGCCCGAACCCGCUGGCCUCGUACCCCCUCACGCCGCUGCACCACACCAUCACCGUCGCCUCGGCCGGCGAUCCGCAAGACCCCGAGCGCUGCCAGCAGUCGUGGCAUCCCGUCCGGCCCGCGAAGCCAGCCCCGGGGGCCGUCGUGUACAGCCGCUGGAUCCCUCAUCUCAAGGAGACCUUCUCCAUGGUCUCGCUCGACUGGGAGGACCCGGAGCACCUGAGGCUGUUCCACGAAUGGCAAAACGACCCUCGCGUCUCCCAGGGGUGGAACGAGUCGGGCACCGUGGAGCACCAUCGCCAAUACUUGCGCAACAUCCACGAGGAUCCUCACCAGCUCGCCAUCUUGGCCAAGUGGGACGACACCUACUUUGCUUACUUUGAGGUGUACUGGGCCAAGGAGGAUCGCCUGGGCGGCUACUACGACGCCGACGACUUUGACCGCGGCCGCCACUCUCUGGUCGGCGACGUGCGCUUCCGCGGGCCUCAUCGCGUCUCUGCCUGGUGGAGCAGCCUCAUGCACUACCUCUUCCUCGACGACCCGCGCACCAUGCACGUCGUCGGCGAGCCCAAGGACACCAACUCCACCGUCGUCAUGUACGACCUCAUCCACGGCUUCGGCCUCGACAAGUUCGUCGACCUGCCCCACAAGCGGAGCGCCUUUGUUCGCUGCCCCCGCGGCAGGUUUUUCCAGCUGUGCCCCCUGGCCGAGAACGAGAAGGCGGUCGGAGGCAUGCGCAUCGGCUUGGUGCCCAAACUGUAAGGGCCCGGGGAGGGACUGGAGGCAAGCAGCUGGGACAGGAUGGGAGUUUUGUCUGUACAAGUCUCUGUGUGUGUGUGUUCAUGUGUUUGUCGUUUUACACGGGGCCCGCGUUCAACAAGCAUCCCGUCACAAGCAAAUGAAU